UGCGCUUGCCGGCGGCCCAAGCCCCCUCCCCCCGGGGCCCGCCUCUGGGUUGCUCUCCCUCCCUGUGCCACUUCCGUGUGGAUGGCCCUACUGCCCCGCACGCUGAGCGCGAGCGCGGGGCCGAGCUGGCUGCGGGCGGCGUGCGCCUUCCACGGCUUCCCGCUGCCUCCGCCCGGACCCGCCGGCGCCCUGCGCACCCUCUCCCAAGCCAUGGCGUGUAAGCAGGAGCCUCAGCUGCAGUGUCCGCCGCCCGCUGCGGUGGCCUGCUACGACUACCUGGUGAUCGGGGGCGGCUCCGGCGGGCUGGCCAGCGCACGCCGGGCAGCCGAACUCGGCGCCAGGGCCGCGGUGGUGGAGAGCCACAAACUGGGCGGCACUUGCGUGAAUGUUGGAUGUGUACCCAAAAAGGUAAUGUGGAACACAGCUGUCCACUCUGAAUUCAUGCAUGAUCAUGUUGAUUAUGGCUUUCAAAGCUGUGAGAGUAAAUUCAAUUGGCGUGUUAUAAAAGAAAAGCGGGAUGCCUAUGUGAGCCGCCUGAACACCAUCUAUCGAAACAAUCUAACCAAGUCCCAUAUAGAAAUCAUCCAUGGCCAUGCAGCAUUCACAUGUGAUCCCCAGCCCACAGUGGAGGUUAAUGGGAAAAAAUACACAGCUCCUCACAUUCUGAUUGCCACAGGUGGUGUCCCCUCAUAUCCUCAUGAGAGCCAGAUCCCUGGUGCCAGCCUAGGAAUAACCAGUGAUGGAUUUUUUCAGUUGGAAGAAUUGCCUCGCCGCAGUGUCAUUGUGGGCGCAGGUUAUAUUGCUGUGGAAAUAGCUGGGAUCCUCUCAGCCCUGGGCUCUAAGACAUCAUUAAUGAUACGGCAUGAUAAGGUACUUAGAAAUUUUGAUUCACUAAUCAGUUCCAACUGCACUGAAGAGCUGGAGAACGCUGGCGUGGAGGUCUUGAAGUACUCACAGGUCAAGGAAGUUAAAAGGACUUCAUCAGGCCUGGAAGUUUCCGUGAUUACUGAAGUUCCUGGAAGCAAGCCGACCUUGACCACUAUUCCAGAUGUUGACUGCCUGCUCUGGGCCAUUGGGCGGGACCCAAAUUCCAGGGGCUUGAAUUUAAACAAUCUGGGAAUUCAAACUGAUGAGAAAGGUCAUAUUAUAGUAGACGAAUUCCAGAAUACCAAUGUCAAAGGUGUCUACGCUGUCGGGGACGUGUGUGGGAAAGCUCUUCUUACUCCAGUUGCAAUAGCUGCUGGCCGGAAACUUGCCCAUAGACUUUUUGAAUGCAAAGAAGAUUCCAAAUUAGACUAUGACAACAUCCCCACUGUGGUCUUCAGUCAUCCCCCUAUUGGGACGGUUGGACUCACAGAAGAUGAGGCUGUUAAUAAAUAUGGAAAAGAUAAUGUGAAGAUCUACUCAACCACGUUUACCCCAAUGUAUCACGCAGUGACCACAAGGAAAACUAAAUGUGUGAUGAAAAUGGUUUGUGCCAACAAAGAGGAAAAGGUGGUUGGGAUCCAUAUGCAGGGAAUUGGUUGUGAUGAAAUGCUGCAGGGUUUUGCUGUUGCAGUGAAAAUGGGAGCAACUAAGGCUGACUUUGACAACACGGUUGCCAUUCAUCCUACCUCUUCAGAAGAACUGGUCACACUCCGUUGAGAACUUAGAGACUUCUGUGGCUGGCAAUUGGGCCAGUGGACCUUCUGAGAUGAACCAAUCAAUCACUUUUACUUCCUGUUCCAGUUUUAUAUAUUUCUUUAUUUUAAUCAGGAUCUUCUGAUAGCGGAAAUUUUUAGUAAAGAAAGUAACUUAUUUAUGUAAUCAGAAAUGUGUUAAUCCAAGGUUGAUUUUCAUUUGAUCCUAUUUCACAAUAAUUAAUGUUUUAAAGUUGUUUUAUUAACAGCUCUGUGCUAAUGUUUUUUUCCAGCCUCAUUCCAAGUAUAAAACUAUAUGAAGUACAAUGAAGUUAAUGUGCUUGAAUGAAUACAGCUUCCUAAUUUUAUAAAGGAAGAGGAUGGCAGCUCUUCACAUUUAAGUAAUGCAAGUGCACAGAAUCUAUAUUUUUUUGAAGCCAGUACUGUGUUCUGCAUAUGCAGAGCUGCUUCAAGGAUGUGACUGUUCUCUAAUCCCCUAUUUUUUUAAUUCUUUUAAGUGAUUAAAAAUGGGUUUUGUUCUUUUUUUGAGAUGAAGUGUAUCAAAUUUGGGAAGGAUUUGAAGAGGAUGGUUAAAUAUGUGAGAGGCAUUCUAGAAGUCAUUCUUGUUUUCUGUAAUAGGUGGAUUCAGAUACUUCAAAAAUCCUUUUCUCUGCCAAGAAUUCAUAGCUCAGUAAAUAAUUUCAACAUUUGUAAA